UCAGAUGGACAGAAAAGUUAUCCUCAGUCUAGUCACAUGUUCUUGUGGCUAUAAAACACUGAGCAUUCCUGUUUCCUUCCCUGGUGAAGGAACAAACUGACGUGUGAUAACGGUUAAAUAAGAUUAGCUGCUAAACAGUGUUACUGUGGUAAUGUCAGAAUGCAGCGGUGAGAGAUGAGUGCAGCGGUGUGAGACAGUGUCAUACUGCAGGGCAAAACUUCAUUAGAUUAUGGGUCUGAGUGAGAGCUCAGUGUCCAGAAACCAGCACCAGCAGGAAGGAAUACUGUGCUGAAAAGUCUAUAAAACUCUGAUCAGGAGGAUGAAAGCAAGAAGGCACCGGCACAUUCUGCUCUGCACAGCCGGAGUUUGUUUGCUGUCUCUUUUGUACUGCUAUAAAACUCUCCACGAAGAAGCUCUCCUGCAGACACUGUCCUCAUACAGCUCACAACUGCCAGGAUUCAGCGGUUUCCUCUGGCAAGACACAGUGACCACAUCUGUCAACUCUGACACGGAUAAGAAAAAGGCAAUAAGGCUGCCAGCAAUUCUGAGGAAGAACCCAGCAGAUGAAAAUUUGCUCCUGCUAAAUUCUUCAGGUCCAUACAGGGAACUUCAUACACGAUCAUACAUUCUGCAGGAUGAUCCUGCAUCCUACUUCAUCCACACUCAGAGAGGGGCGCUGUGCUUCGCUGAAGGAACAAAAAUGGAAUCAAAUACAGUAGAGGAUGCUGUAGUUGGUGAACCUCAAAGGUUGCUACUGGAGCUCCGUGGAAAAAAUGAAAGCAUUCAGCAAGAUCAGCCAGCCAUAUUGGUGGGGGAAGCAUCAAAUUGCGUUUGCCGCCCAGGUUGGCACGGCCCCAACUGUGGCAUUCCCACAGUGGUCCAACACUCAAAUCUUCCCACCAAAUCACACCUGAAACCCAGGAAGGUUCCACGUCGAAUCAUAAAUGCCGUCAACUUCAAUCAUGAGUUUGACAUGCUGCAUGCCAGAUUUCAUGAACUAGCAGAUGCUGUGGAUCUCUUCCUGGUGUGUGAGUCGAAUUACACUGCAUACGGUGAAGCCAAACCCCUAAUGUUCCUUCGACUCCUCAUCAAUGGAACUUUCGAUUAUGUGAAGAACAAAAUCCUCUACAUCUUCCUGGACCAUUUCCCCAAAGGUGGCCAUGCAGAUGGCUGGAUUGCAGAUGAUUAUCUGCGCACUUACCUGACCAAAAAUGGAUUGCUAAGGACCCAGGAUCUAAGACCAGAUGAUGUCUUCCUUCUGGACGAUGCAGACGAGAUUCCGCUUCGGGAAGGGAUUCUUUUCCUCAAGCUCUACGAUGGUUGGACGGAACCAUUUGGGAUUCACAUGCGGAAGUCAUUGUAUGGUUUUUACUGGAGGCAGCCGGGUACGUUGGACAUUUUAUCUGGAUGCACCAUAAGCAUGCUUCUUGAUGUCUAUAGAGGGGACGGGAUUCUGCUACGAAGACGGAAUUAUUAUUCCAUGACAGGUUUCCGGGAGUACGAAAAGAAGUCAGGGCAGGUUCUAAUGCCGUGGUCCAUAGGAAGUCCGGUUCACUACGCAGGAUGGCAUUGCUCAUGGUGCUUCAGACCAGAAGGAAUUUAUCAUAAACUGAUUUCUGCACAAAAUGGAGAUUUUCCUCGCUGGGGGGACUACGAGGAGAAAAGGAAACUGAGUUACAUCACAGAGCUUAUACGGACUGGUGGAUGGUUUGAUGGGUCAGUAUCAAACUAUCCUCCAGCAGACCCUAAAGAGCGCAUGUUUGCACCCAAAUAUCUGCUGGAUAAUUAUAAGAAGUAUCACUAUUUGCUAGAGAACCCAUAUGCUAAAGGGUAAAAAUGAGCAGCAAAAGCUUGACAUAAUGUCUAACGGCUGGAAUACACGGAAUGCUACUUCACCUCGAGUCAAGUAACUGAACCCUGCUAGUUCAUUUCAUCUUGUUUUUCAUCUUUAUUACUGAAACACUUCUAGUAGAAGUCGUUGUGAUGGAGUUCUCUAGCACUGGAUUUUAACUUAUGUAAAGACGUUUCCAACAUCCGGCAGUUGGAGUGUCAGUAUUUGCCUAAUUGAGCUAAUAAAUAUACUCUGUUCUUUGGCUAUUACAAAAUCAAUUCACAGAGGAAGUGAAGAAAUGGUCUUGACAUUGAAUCUCAUAUCAGACCACUCUGUCAAAGUCAGAGCAGCAGUCUGACGAUUUCUUUAUGUGCUGUACUAGCUUUUAUGUGCAUGAGUAUCCUGCUCGUGCAAAUCUAAAUGCUGGGUCCAAUGCAGGACAACUCUGUCCCUCACCUUCACCUAAUGAAGAAGAAGAGCUUUAAGUCAGUGCCACUGCCUGGUCCCCUGUUAGUAAUUAGAUAAUUAGUAAUCUCCUUAUUAACCUGGACAUUAGCUUUGGUUAUAUUAAAGCUGGUGGAUGACCAGCUAAUCAGCUAGCCUCCUAGCAUCAAUAACUGGCUAUUAGUUUAUUACAAUUCUUUUAUGUCUAAGGGGUUAAUAAAAGACAUUCUAGUGGCCAUGUACUCAUAACCAUAUAAAUUGUUUAUAAAUUAGCCUGUUAAUAUCCAAAUGACAAAGCUAUUAAUAAACCAGGUAAAAAAAACUUUAACCAGGUGAGUGUCUAGUGGCCUUUAUCCAAACAAGUGUCUAGUUUACUUUUAACCAGGUGAGUCACUAAUUUCUUUAAUCAGCUGAAUAACUUAUGAAGCAGGUGGCUAGUUUACCUUUAAUAAAGAGAUAAGCUAGUUACCUCUAACUAAGCAAGUGGCUAGUUUACCUUUAAUCAACUAUGUGAGUAGCUAGUUUGCUUUUAACCAGUUGCACAGCUAGUUAUUCUUAACUAAGCAAGUGACUUGUUAGCUUUAACCAGAUGAGUGGCCUUAAACCAAACAAAUGUCAAGUUUAUUUUUUAACCAGAUGAGUCACUAAUUUCUUUAAUCAAGUUACUGGCUAGUUAUCUUUAUUCAGGUAACUAAUAGCCUUUACCCAGGUGAGUUUCUACUUUCCCUCAACCAGAUGAGUAGCUUGUUUCCUUUAUCCCAUGUAAAUGGAUGGUGGCCUUUACCCAGGCGAGUGGCGAGAUGCCAGGGAGUCAGCAGGUGACUUCCUCCUCCACCUGCUCCGAACAAAGGCUACUGCAGUGCGAGAAAACACCCGAGCCUCUUUCACCAAGAGAGCAGCAGAAACAGGAUCCCAGCCUUUCACCAGGUUUUAUCUCUGGGACAGACGUCUCACUGGAAAAUGUCACUGGAACAACCGUCAUGAGGGACAUUCAGUCCUUUCUUCAAAGCACUUUGUCAGAAAAACAAUGAGGAGUUCGUCAUGGGAACGAACUCCAAAUACGCUCACAAUAACCAUAGGGGUGUGUGUGUGUUCAGAAGAAACUUCUCAUAUUGUUUAUUAAGCUGCAGAUCAUCAAUGUGCAGCAACAACACAAGUGUAAAGCUGGAAACUGGGGAAUAAAGUCCUGAACUCUGACCUCAAACACAAUCACAUUAACAUGAAAAUAUUGUGACAAAUCGUCAUGAGGGACCAAAAUGGAACGCUAAUAAAGGCUAGCUUUGGGACACUUAACAAUAAUAGCUAAACAGCUAAACAAUCAUUCUUUUAAUCAUAGACUCAACCUCUCUUUAUCUAUGCUAGCUUGCUAAGUCUCUCCUUAGCAUUUUGCCUUAUAACGAGUCAGUUCAGGUUUAUUCCACCUGGUUAAUUAGAGCCUCUGUGAGUUGAUGCUGGAUCUCAGUGGACGUGUAUAAGAAUGUAAGAUUUAGAUUCUUUAUAUUUCUUCAAAAAUUAUUUAUAAAGUUUAAAAAAAAGAGAAAGAUAAAUUAUCUCUGUGUGUGUGUGUGUUUUUUGUUUGUUUUUAUUCAUGUCCUGAUAACAGAAUUAAACGUGUUUUGUGGUUGUUCCACGUCUUUAAAAAUGUUUAAAUGGAUGAAAUGUACAACGUGACGUUCCUUAAUAAAUGUAUAAAAUGUGUCACAAGUGUCUGUGGUAUGACAUGAAUCACGCACUUAUGAGGGUGCAGUUCAGGGAAAAUAAUGAACUCAUCAGUAAUCAAUCAUCAGUAAUCAACUCAUCAGUGAGUGAUCAUCAGUAAUCAACUCAUCAGUAAUCAAUCAUCAGUAAUCAACUCAUCAGUGAGUGAUCAUCAGUAAUCAACUCAUCAGUAAUCAAUCAUCAGUAAUCAACUCAUCAGUGAGUGAUCAUCAGUAAUCAACUCAUCAGUAAUCGAUCACCAGUAAUCAACUCAUCAGUAAUCAACUCAUCAGUAAUCAAUCAUCAGUAAUCAAUCAUCAGUAAUCAACUCAUCAGUAAUCAAUCAUCAGUGAUCGAUCAUCAGUAAUCAAUCAUCAGUGAUCGAUCAUCAGUAAUCAACUCAUCAGUGAUCGAUCAUCAGUAAUCAAUCAUCAGUGAGUGAUCAUCAGUAAUCAACUCAUCAGUGAUUGAUCAUCAGUAAUUGAUCAUCAGUAAUCAACUCAUCAGUGAUUGAUCAUAAGUAAUCGAUCAUCAGUGAUCAACUCAUCAGUGAUCGAUCCAGGCGCUGAUUAUUUUCCUCACGCGGCACCAGCGCACAGGUUAGGUGAGGGAUAUGUUAACGCUUCUCUUGCUGUCGAUCACGCUCACCUCCAGACUCACUGCCUUCAGAAACUUUUAUUAGAAAUGGAUUUUUUUUUCCUUUUUAUGGAUUAUAAUAUUAAACAGCUUCAAAACAAACAAACAAACAAGCAAACACCACGAGAAAAUGCAAAGCAUUUCAGCACCCAUUAGCUUAGUUAGCUUCUAGUUCAAAAUAUUUGAGCCCCUUGUUUUAUUUAGCACCAUGAAGGA